AUGAGGAGAUUCGAUUCGAUCGAGAUAAACGGCAACUCACUAUCCUUGAGGGGGUUGCUGGUACGACAUGGUGGAUGGUACGAUCUGGGGCAGGUUGGUAUCGACGGGAUCACGAAGGAGGACCGUGUAUUUCAGGAGUUAUAUAGGGAGCCCGCAGUCCAGCCAGGCAGAAGAAAUACUGGGCCAUCAGCCCUGUCGGUGGGUGCAACAUUGGCGCUGGCUGCUCUUGGCCCUGCAACGAGAUGGAAGACCGACCCCACCUCCACCAGGACGAUUGGAUCCGGGGCUGGCUACAGAUAUACAUGGAGUAGGGGUCUUGCAAUCACGCCCCAUUACGACCGAGUUGGGUUACCGCCGUGUCUUAUGGUUGUGCAACGGGAGAUGCUCAGGCCGUAUGGGGUCUGGAGGGGAGGCCGUGAAGCGGUACCGUGGCGCCUAGUCUGGGAUACAGAGCGCCAAGAGGGCUCCGAAUUGGCGAGACAACUCAUCAGUGCGGUCAGGAGGUGUGGCUAG